AUGUCCAAACUAGGUGCUCUAUUCGUGCUCAGCUGUCUGGUGGGCCUGGCCUUGGCCUUGCCGGAAUCUCGCCUGCAGCAACAAAGACAAGUGCAUCAGCAACAGCAGCAGAAGUUGCAACAUCCUUAUUUGUUUUUUAGCGUGCCACGUGGACGUGCCAAUGCUGGGGGCGGUGCUGUGAUGCAGGGCUUUGAGAUUGUAGAGGAUCCCGAGGACAUGCACAACGAUUCCGAUGAUGAUGACGCUUAUGACGAUGAUAUGCCCGAGAUGCCAUUGCGCCGUCUGCAGCGUCAUGACGAUGAUGAACUCAGCGAUGAUGAUGUUGACGAUGAUAACGAUGAUGAUCAACCGGCACAGCGCAAAGGUCUCGGCUUUGCACGCAAUGGUCAACUGGUGCUGCUGAAUGGCAGCAAUCAAGACGUCGACAUCGAUGACGAUGAGGAGCAGGACGAUGAUGAGCAGGACGAUGAUGUAGAUGGACAGCUGCCCAUGGUGCUGGCCAAAGCAGCCGUCAUGGGAAAUCGCCACAAGCCGAACGCAAUAAAUGGCAAGCAGCUGCUGAAGAAUGCCAAGCCAACACAGAUGAUGGUGGCGAGAGAUCAGGCCGGCGCCAUUAUGGUGCCCGAUGGCAUUAUCGAGAUCGAGGGCCAGAGCGUCGUCGAUGAGAAGACGGGCAAGGCUGCUCUCCUCGUGCCACGCGCCGCACUUGAUGCCAUUCCCAAUGGCGCCGUUGUCGCCCUCAUGGAGCGCUCUUCCUCCUCCACUGGCGAGAAUGAAGCCGGUGAGGAGCGCGCCAAUCGUGUCAUUGUGCGUCGCCGCAAGACCGGCGGCCGUCGCAAUCUCCAGCUGCGUCGUCGCGCUGGUCGUCCCGUCCGUCGUCGUCGCGGCGGUCGUCCCGUCCGUCGUCGCGUCAACAAUCGUCGUCGCAAUGUGCGCGUCAUCCGCCCCAAUGUCAAUCGCCGACGUGGCGGUGCCCAGCGUCGUCGUGGUCAGGUGAUGUUGCGGGGCUGA